AUGGCCGUACCCAUCUUCUGCUGCGUUAGAGCAAGACCUCACACCGGGCACACACGCUCCGACCAGGACCAGAGAUUCGAACACUUCAUCAAGACCGCCUUUGACGUCAGAAUAUCUUCGCUUUUUCUUCCCCUCGCUCCUUUCAACUUCUCUUCCGAACACUAUGCUAUCUCGGUCAAGAGAUUCGUCAACUAUGGACCCGAGAAAUCACAUCGCUUCUUCGUACCUGAUAAUCUCGACAUUCAAGGUUUUCCCAAUAACGCUUUCUCCGCGGCUUGUUAUAGGGAAAUCUCAAGAGACAAUCUCAUGAAGACGAGCUUCAAGGAAGUGAAUAUUUUUCGACAUUUUGAGUGCCAGCGCUGUAACAGGUACUUUGAACUGAGUUUGUACGAGAGAGGCUGGGGUCAUUUACAUAUGCUUCAAACCGGCGAGCCCGACAUCAUACACAAUACGUCGGCGGCCACUGGCGCUUUCACGUCCACGGGAACUGCAGGAAACCUCUUUUCCCCCUUGCCACCACCCCAAAGUGCAACGGGAGGACUGGCUUAUCGAUUUACUGGAGGUACACGAAGUGCAGAGAGAUCACCAAUUUUCCAGAAUUCUGGUGUCAAUCAGACCGCAGCCCCUGGUCAGGCUCAAUGGGGUCUUUUUGCUUCUCCUGCUACGACACUGAGCAAUGUAACAGGCCCUGAUCAAUAUAGUCAGGUCCGAAGCGGGCCUGCUACAGAUAAACCCGACACAAACAGAGCCACAAAAGAAGCUGGAGAGAAUAGACAAGUCCCACCCACUACAGACGGCACCGACACAGAAGCACCUGAGGCAGAUAGUCAAACCCCAGCUACCGCCGACAACACCAGUACAGACAAACCUGGACCAGGCCCUUCCAAAGAAGAGGAAGAGAAGGAAAAGGCAUGA